GUUUUUUGUGGGGAGAGAAGCAGCAAGCUGCAUUUUACCAACUGAGGAUCGCCCUCACGUCGCCGCCUGUUCUUCGCAUCUCCGAUCCUGACCGUCCAUACGAAGUCAUCACCGACGCCAGCGACAUCGCCAUCGGCGCAGUUCUCCUACAAGAUUUCGGCGACGGGUUACAGCCAGUCGCCUACGAAUCACGGAAGCUACAGGGCAAGGAGAAAAACUAUACAGUACACGACAAGGAAAUGCUGGCGAUCGUCCACGUGUUCAAGACCUGGCGGUGCUACCUGACAAGGGCUGACGUCAUGGUGCGGACCGACCACAAAUCCUUACAGUACCUGCGAGCCCAACCGGAUCUCAACCCGCGACAUAUCCAAUGGCUCGAUUUCCUCGAUUCAAUCUUCCACCACACCAUCACCUACAAACGGGGCGCCAACAAUAUUGCCGAUGCCCUGACUCGACCCAUUGCCCAUACUGCCGCCAAACAAGAAUCCUCGUGGAUUGCCAGCCGGUCUUAACGGAAACGACGCCAUCCUCGUGG